AUGGGUUACGAAGAUAAAUUAGUGGCUCCUGCUUUAAAGUUUAGAAACUUUUUGGACAAGACUCCAAAUAUCUAUAAUGUUUUUGUUAUUGCUCUGAUUUCAUGUAUCUCCGGGUUGAUGUUUGGUAUUGAUAUCUCAUCUAUGUCUUUAUUUAUUGGGGAUGACAAAUACAUUAAAUACUUCCAUAAACCUAGCACAACCAUGCAAUCGUUUAUUACUUCGGCUAUGUCUUUGGGUUCAUUUUUUGGAUCAAUAUGUUCUUCUUUUGUGUCCGAACCAUUUGGCAGAAGAUCAUCGUUAAUGGUAUGUGGGUUUUUCUGGUGUGUUGGUGCUGCUAUUCAAUCAUCUGCUCAAAAUCAAGCGCAAUUGAUUAUCGGCCGUUUUAUUUCUGGUUUUGGUGUUGGUUUCGGUUCAUCAGUUGCUCCAGUUUAUGGAUCUGAAUUAGCUCCUAGAAAGAUCAGAGGUUUAAUUGGGGGUCUUUUUCAAUUCUCUGUCACUUUGGGUAUCUUAAUCAUGUUCUAUAUCUGUUAUGGUUUGAAUUUUAUUAACGGUGUCGCAUCCUUCAGAGUUGCUUGGGGUUUACAAAUCAUACCAGGUUUAGUUUUGAUCCUUGGUUGUUUCUUUAUUCCAGAAUCUCCUAGAUGGUUAGCUAAACAAGGUUACUGGGAAGAUGCUGAAUAUGUUGUUGCCAAGAUCCAAGCUAAGGGUAACAGAGAAGAUCCAGAUGUUUUAAUUGAAAUGUCUGAAAUUAAGGAACAAAUUAUGUUAGAUGAACACAUCAAGGCUUUCACAUAUGCUGAUUUGUUCACUAAGAAGUAUAUAUUGAGAACUGUUACUGCUUGUUGGGCUCAAGCCUGGCAACAAUUAACCGGUAUGAAUACUUUGAUGUAUUAUAUUGUUUAUGUUUUCCAAAUGGCCGGUUACGAAGGUGAUGCUAAUUUGGUUGCUAGUUCCAUUCAAUACUGUCUUAACACUGGUAUGACCAUUCCCGCAUUAUACUUCAUGGAUAAGCUUGGUAGAAGACCAGUUUUAUUAACUGGGGCUGCAUUCAUGAUGGCUUGGCAAUUCGCCGUUGGUGGAUUAUUGGCAACUUACAGUGUUGAUAACCCUAUCAGUGAAACCGUCAGAAUUCAAAUUCCAGAAGAACAUGGCAAGGCCGCCAAAGCUGUCAUUGCUUGCUGUUAUUUAUUCGUUGUUUCUUUCGCUUGUAGUUGGGGUGUUUGUAUUUGGGUUUACUGUGCUGAAGUCUGGGGUGAUAGUGCUUCAAGACAAAGAGGUGCUGCUCUUACCACUUCUGUUAAUUGGAUUUUCAAUUUCGCCAUUGCUAUGUUCACUCCAAGUGCUUUCAAGAACAUUACUUGGAAGACUUACAUGGUCUUCGCUACAUUCUGUGGUUGUAUGUUUAUCCAUGUCUUCUUCUUCUUCCCAGAAACUAAGGGUAAGAGAUUGGAAGAAAUUGGUCAAAUGUGGGCCGAAGGUGUACCAGCUUGGAAGUCUGCUUCUUGGCAACCAUCUAUUCCAAUCGUGUCCGAUAAUGAAUUACAUAACAAGAUGAAGAUUGACCAUAAUGAAGAUAACUUAUUAAAUUCUUCUUCACAUUCUGAAGUAUCCCAAGAGAAGGGCGAUACUUCUCACAUGACUUAA